CCCCCUCCCCCCGUGAUGUUCUCCGUCUUGUCCUACGGACGGCUGGUGGCCCGGGCGGUGCUGGGCGGUCUCUCCCAAACGGAUUCGCGCGACUACAGCCUGGUGACCGCCGGCUGCGGCUUCGGCAAGGACUUUCGGAAAGGCAUCCUGAAGAAGGGGACGUGCUACGGCGACGACGCCUGUUUCGUGGCCAAGCACCGGAGCGCCGACGUGUUGGGAGUGGCUGAUGGGGUUGGAGGCUGGCGAGAUUAUGGAGUUGAUCCUUCCCAGUUCUCAGGUACUCUGAUGCGAACCUGCGAGCGUCUGGUAAGAGAAGGACGCUUUAUACCCACCAACCCUGUAGGAAUCCUAACCGCGAGCUACUGUGAACUACUACAGAACAAAGUCCCAUUGCUAGGCAGCAGUACAGCCUGUUUAGUAAUUCUGGACAGAAGUAGUCACCGGCUGCACACAGCCAACCUGGGAGAUUCCGGCUUUCUGGUGGUUCGAGGCGGAGAAGUGGUUCAUCGGUCAGAUGAGCAGCAACAUUAUUUUAAUACCCCUUUCCAAUUGUCGAUAGCACCGCCUGAAGCAGAAGGUGUUGUUCUCAGUGACAGCCCAGAAGCUGCGGACCGUACCACGUUUGACGUCCAAAUAGGAGACAUAAUCUUGACAGCAACUGAUGGAUUAUUUGAUAACAUGCCUGACUACAUGAUCUUACAAGAGCUGAAGAAACUUAAGGAGACCAAUUAUGAAAGUAUUCAGCAAACGGCAAGAAGCAUCGCAGAACAAGCCCAUGAACUGGCAUAUGAUCCACACUACAUGUCUCCAUUUGCACAGUUUGCAUGUGAUAACGGACUGAACGUACGGGGAGGUAAACCAGAUGACAUCACUGUUCUACUGUCAAUAGUAGCAGAAUAUACAGACUAGCAGUUUCAAAGGCAUGGACACUUAAAACUAGAUAUCUUAUUCCACUGUGUCCUGCUGGCAGGACCUGGUUUUCCGAAUUAUAACUUGUCUCAAAGGCCAGCCAUUGCUGAGGCGAAUAUCCACUUCAGUUACUGCAAAUAUUUAAUGCUGAAAACCACUACUUUCAUUUGUUUCUGCUAGCAAGAAAAUUUUUCUUAAAUUCUAUCUAUCACACACCCUUGCUCAUGGGAAAUAGAAAACCAAUCUCUUCUACCAGUACUAUGGUACUUUAAUAGGUCAGUAAUUCGAGAUCCAAAAGGAAAGUUGGUCUGUAAGGCGUAUGGAAAUUGAAAGAUUUUUUUGGUCAUUAAAUUAAUGAUGCCAUUUACAUGCAUGGAAGAGGGGCAGCGGGAUUGUAACCACUGAUGGAAAUUUGAACCUGCAGAAUUUUCUUUAUUUGAGCAAUGUAGAAAUUCUCUGAGAAUCAUUAAAGAUUUGCAUACAUAGCUAUCACCCAAUCCGUAUAACGUAAUAACUUUUGGGUUGAUAACAUAAUCGCUGACCUCUAAUGUCCUAACUGGUCAGUGUUCCUGCCAGUUUAAGUGUGCCGAGAACUUCAUGGGGUUAAUUAUCUAGACUUCUCUGGAUAGUUUCUUAAGUAGGGAACGACAGUGUCAGAAAUGUUUCAACAUAUAGCCCUCGGGGAGUUAUUUAAAGCCAUGUUUUAACUUUUUAAAUGAUAAAAAUCAGGUAACUUAUUUUGAGAGAUUUUGUUUUAAUGUUAAAGUUACUCGUGUACAAAGUCAGAUUUUCUAAUGUUUCAUCCUAGCUGUACUGUAUAUUAGCACAACUGUUAAUUUAAGUUAUUUUUACAUGUACUGUGUACAUGUCGUUUUACUAUUUAAAUGAACAUCAUGCUUGUAAUAGGCAUUUCAUUUUAUAUUUUGAGUUAGUCGCAUGUAAAACAAUAAUUUUGUACUCGUAUUCCUGAUUUGACAGAAAUUAUAUGUACUUAUGCUCAAAGAUUCACUGCCCGUUUUGAAUAUUGGUUUUAAUCUUUGUUUUGGCUCGGAAUGCUUUUGAAGCACAAUUGUUUCUUUUGAUGUAUCCAGUAUUUUGGUGGCUGGCAGACAGUAUAGAUGCUUGAAGCUUCCAAUCCAGUUCCAGUGACUUAUAUAUUAUUGCCUCAUGAAAUUAUUCUGAAAAGUCGCAGGCUUUAUCAAAUUUGGUGGGAAGGGGUUACUAAAACAAUCCAUAUGGGACAAUUCUUUGGCAGGUUUGUACUAAAAGCACAGAACUUUUUGCCUAAAAGCAGCGUAUUCCAUGGCUCGAUCUACAGCAAUCCAUGUUUUUUCCGUCUUUCAAAUCGCUGCAUUAAAUAUUGGAAAUCCUACAAGUGUUGGUUUCUGUGGAUGCAAGAGCUUCAAAAUGCCAGUCAGUGUCUUCCUUUCUAGUGAUUUCAGAUUUGUCAGAGUUACUGGGUUUGACUAUCUGUAUGCACUGAAUUUUACUUUAGACACUUUAACAAUUGUAGAACAGAAUUUUGGUACAGAUUUACCCAAUGCAAUGCCCAAAUAACAGUAGCUUAUUUCAGCUUUCAAUAUUCAGUGUUGCUUCAUGUUAGUUUUUUUUAAAUUAAUUGUACACACUGAAGCUCUCCAGCGUGUUACCAGAAAGCUAAAGUGGCUUUGACAGUGAGGCCUUAUUUAUGCUCCAAACCAAUGUUUAGACUACUUUAAGAACUUUAAUGGUCAAGUUUAUAUUUUUGUACAACUGGGUCUAAGUGCAAAGUAGUUUUUAAGUCGGCAGAUCAAAAUAAUCAAACUCAAACUGUUUGCCAGGCUAAAAAUGCUGGAUUGUAAAGUUUAAAAUUUCAAUGCAAUUAUAUCAUUCACAACAGAACUGUUCCCUUUCAAAUCUUUCUGUCGGGCUUGAGUUCACACCAAAGACCAGAACUAGCUUUCUCCUCUUCUAUCCUGCUACCCACACAAAAAAAAACUACACCGAUUAGUUGAGCAAUACUGUACUGAAACUUGUUUGUGGUUCUGCUCUGGGUUUGUGUGUUAUUUUAGAUUUGUUCCACAAUGCACUACUAUGUUUCUGAGAGAUUAUGCUCGAUUGGAGCCAAGUCUCUGUGUUCUUUUUUUUAAAAAAAAGCUGCUUGCGCACAAAUAAAAGUAGUUAGACACAGGCUUGUUUACAGAUCCUAGAUAAUAUUCUGUAGGUAAUAAACUGCACAGCAAGCUAACUCCUUAAAGAAGCCAAGCACCCUGAUGCCUCGCCCAUUUGCUAAAGAUGCGAAGCUAAGCCAUACAGAACCAAAGGUUGCAGGUUGAAAUCAGUCUUUGCUGGGCUUUAUGUUGGUCUUAACUGCAGUUUGUGCAGUUACCUUGCCACCCAAGCCAAGAAAGGAGGAUAAGCAAGCAACCUGAGAUUCUUCAUGUGAUCUCAUCCAUCGCCUUGGAUCAUCCUAACGCGAAAGGCACUACACAAAUGUAAUAUUGUAUUGUAUCCCCUUUGCUGGAAAGCGUAUGGGAUGAGGACUACUCGUAUUCCUUAUAUUUGAUAUAUCGCUUGAUAACUUCAAUAUGUCUCAAAAAGUGCUUUACAGGUGAAAUUUACUUUUUUUUUAAAAUCGGCAAAUGUGCAACCCAGUUUUGCACAAUAGACCCCACAAACAGCCAACGGUCAGUUUAAAUGGAGGAUUGUUGGCCUGGAAAAUGGCAGAAACUCCCUUUGAAUAGAAUUGUGGGAUCUUUAACAUCCACCUUAACAGGAAGACUUGGUUUAACGUGCUGUUAAUCGGUCACACCUCUAACAAUGCAGUGUUCCUCCAGGUCGGCUUUGGAAUGUCAGACUAGAUUCGAACUCCAAUCCCAACAUGGGGCUUGAACCCUUGACUGUUUGACCCAGGGGUGAGCAUGCCAUCGAGCAGUCAAAGAUUGGGCUUGGCUAUGACGUCCACUGAGGUCAAACAACUUGAUGUCUUCCAAGUGAAUGAGCACCUUGGCAAGAUGACUGGUCCUGGUAGAACCUUGAUAGAGGGUCUUUGGGGGGAUGGAGAGAGUAAAAGUCCAGUUGACAAUAUCAGUAACAUUUAAGUUCCAUACUUUUUAAACCUCUUUAUUCAGUUAGCUUGUUUUUUGGAGAAUGCAACACAGAGAAAAUUAGUAUAUACAGUAAUCUAGAGAAGAUAUACGCCAUCUCAAAAUGAAAGCUGACGUUUUUGGUCAUGUAAGAGUAAGUUGUGUGACUGACAUCUGCUUUAACUGUAGGGUAAAUAGAAAUGCAAGAAUAGUAAUGUACAUAUGUUUGUUGCAAAGCUGUACAGAUGAUAUAUUUAAUAAAAUUCUAUAGUAUUUAUA